AUGAUUCUUGCUUUCUUUCUCUUUCGUUGUUUUUUCUCAUCUUUCUUUUUUCUUCACUUUCUUUCUUUUUCUCUUUCUUUAUUCCCUUUUUUCUUCCGUUUCUUUUUCUUCUCUUUUUUUCCUGCUUCCCUUUCUUUAUUUCUGUUUCGCUUUCUUUUUCCCCUUCUUGCUCCACUUUCUUUUGUUCUUGUUUUCUUUCUUACGUCUCUUUCUUUUUAUUCUCUUUUUCUUUUUACUUUUCUUUUUGCCUCUCUUUCUUUCUUUCUUUUCCUUUGUUUAUUUCUGCUUCUUUUUUCUUCUUCCAUUUCCUCUUCUCUUUCUUUCUUCCCUUUUUUAUUUCUUCUUUCCUUUUUUUCUUCUUGCCUUUAUUUUUUAUACCUUCUUUUUCUUCUCUUUUUUUAUUCCCUUAUUGUGUUUCUUCUUCGCUUUCUUGCUGCCCUCUCUUGCGCAUAUUUCCUGCUCUCAUUUCUUUCUUGUGCUCUUUCUUAUUUCUUCUUUUUCUUAUUUCUUUUAUUUUGGCUCCCUUUCCAUUCCUUGCUUCUUUUUCUUUCUUUCUUUUCUCUUUGUUUUUGCUUCUUUUUUUCUUCACAUUCUUCUCGUUCCUUCUUCUUCCCUUUCUUUCUUCUUGGCUUUCUUUCUUAUUCCUUCUUCUUCCCUUUUCUUCUUUUUCUGCUUCUUUUUCUCUGCUUCUCUUUCUUUCUACGUUCUUUUCUUGCUGCCUUUCUUGCUUCCCUUUCUUUCUUUCUUCUUUCUUCUUUUUCUUUAUUCUUUUAUCUUCUCUUUUUCCUCUUCUCUUUAUUUUUGGCUCUCUUUCUUUCUUCUUCCUUUUCUUGCUUGUUUCUACCCUUUCUUUCUUUCUUUCUUUCUUUCUUUCUGCUUCUUUUUUCUUCUGUCCUUUCUUCUUCCCUUAAUUUCUACUUCUCCUUUAUCUCUCAAGAAUUUAUUUUUUCACCUUAA